GCAGCGUCUUACUAGAGAAAGGUGAUACUCAUUAAGCUGUAUAUAUUUCUAUAAGUAUUUAAUGUCAUUCCACAGCAGAUUAUGAGUAAUAUGAACUCAAACCUGGACACUUGAAAAUCACGGAAGAAUGGUGGUGUAACAGCUUUCAGUCUGUGAGGUUGUGUUGGUACUUUUGUGAGUCUUAACUAUUUCUAAGGUCUUGACGAGGUUUUCCGUGGUGCCCAACUAUCCAUGAUGUUGCGAGUCUGUAAAGAACUUCGCGAGGUGGACGUCAAGAGUAAGAGACUGGGACUAGUCCGUACGGAGACAGACUACCUCCGUGCCCUGCUGGACGCCAUGGCGAACAUGGACAGGUGUGUGGAAGUGGAGGUGCUCAAAACUCUGGGUGACGUGAACUUGGAAAAGGGGAGACUCGAAAAGAGCCCAGAGAAGUUUGACAGGGCUAUGGUACUGUACAGGACCGCACUGAUCCGGUGUGAGGACGCAGAUGUGGGAGAAAGUCUUGAAUAUCGCUACCACUAUGCAGAAAAUUUAAGAUUAGGGAAGCGAUCAAUACCAACCGCUUCGAGUCGUUCUGAACCCCUUACUGACGACAUGAAAAUGUCUUCGCUCGCCAUAGCAGAGAGGCUACUACACCUGGACCAACGGUUGACUGUUGAUGGAAACAAUGAGACUUUAUUACUGGUUGAAUAUACCAAGAUAGUGAUAGAAGGGAUCAUAAACGGUGACACUAUGUUAGAGACGGAAGCGAUAAAAUGUCUCGGCGACGUGUACCUGAAAAGAGGAACAGAAAGUAAAGACGCGACAUGUUUGACCAAGGCCACUGCUCUGUACAACGCUGCACUGUCACGGUGUGAGGAGUUUCAAGGCACAGUGGCACUCAUUCACCGCUUACUGUACACGGCAAGAAUCAGGCAAGAAAGACAGAAGACGGAAAAUAACUUGAUAUUUACUAGCCUGGAGUACAGAGUUCAACAACAGAGUCUUGUGCCACGGGACUUCUUAAUGGUGACACCCAACUCUCAUGUCAUCGGUGACGCAAAGAGUCAACAGUCUAUGUCUUUCGAGGAGCGCCUGACUACAGGGGACAGCGCACUAGCGGAUGAGAAGCUCGACGUGGCAGAACAGAACUUUGCGUCCGCUCUGAGACUUAUACACGAUCCUAACAAACCCGAUCGAUGGAAAGAGGCCAUCUGUCUGUGUAGACUAGGUGACGUCUACGUCCAGCGUGGCAAAACAACAAAAGAAUGUGGAAAAUUCACACAGGCAGCAGCUCUGUACAACGCAGCUAUAGCCAGAUCAGACGGAAAUAAACACAGUAUGACAAAAAUACUGCAGGACGUAGAACAAUGGUUCCUCCAUUACACGGCAAAUGUGGAAGCCCGCCCGAGUUGCUCUGAUGCGGCCAUUCGUCAUAAGAAGCGGCUAGAAGAGAUGCGUAGUCGCGCUAAGUCACAGCUAGACGCCAUUGAUCAACAACAUAAUCCGUACCAAUAUGACGAGGAUGAUCCAGUCAUGAUAAAAGUCGAGGCUGAGAGAGCUGAAGCAGUUAAGAAUUUAUGUAAGAACAUCGCCAAAGAUAGACAGGGGUUUAUCCAAGACCUCAUUGAUGAAUGCAUCGCCACAGUUGGUCCUCCUCCAUGUAAGUACGCUUUCAUCGGAUUGGGUUCACAGGCAACAGAACUGGUCACACCCUACUCUGACCUGGAGUUCGCCAUUCUGAUUGAGGAAGGCAAAGACAAUGACGACACACGGCGGUACUUCAUCAACCUCACGCACUACCUACACCUGAAAGUCAUCAACCUCGGAGAGACCAUCCUCCCAGCCAUGGCUAUCCCUUCACUUAACGAUUUUCUAUCGGAGGAUCCAGUGAAAGACUGGUUCUUUGACUCUGCCACGCCUCGUGGGUUUGCUUUCGAUGGUUUCAUGCCUUGGGCGAGUAAGACUCCAUUCGGAAGAGACCAGACUAAGACCAAACCUCCCGUUAGCCUUAUACAGACCCCUGCCGAAAUGGCCAAGUUCCAGCAGAUAGACGUUUCCCUGGCCGAAGGGUAUCACUUGUCGGACAUCCUCAGGCGGGUGGUUUUCCUAACAGGAGAAGAAGCUCUUGUAACCGAUUAUAGAGAAAACCUUAAAGAAAUCAUCACGGGGGAUCUACAGUCGCGCUCCCAUUCACGUCUGUCUGCUAUGCAAAUCGCGUGGGGGGACGGGGAGCAGUUUUCUACUAGUCUUGAGCCAUCUGGGCAACUGUUGAAUGUCAAGAAAGACAUAUACCGCUUUCCAGGCAUAGCCAUCGAAGUUCUAGCUCUUUGCUAUCAGAUCACUCUUGCUAGCGCGUGGAACAUUAUAGACGAGUUAAAAUUAACAAGCAAUGUCCAUGAAGAGAAUGCCACCCACCUCAAGGUACUAACCAGCAUCUCGGCAGAGCUCCGUUUGAGAACAUACCUUGCCAACGGGGGACAACAAGACACUAUGUCCCCUCUUGUCGAAAUGAAAUAUGAUCAUAAACAACUAACGAUAUCUGGCACUACCCUAAGGUCAACAUUCCACAUCGAAGACACUAUGAUUCUUUUUCGAUACUACGAUAGGGCUAUCCCUUUGAUGAACUGUAUAUCAGACAUAUUCAUCGACAGUUCACAAGUCCAACCGAAAAUGGUUUUAAAAACGGUCAUCUUCGACACCUCCAAUGAAUGUAGGGGCCGAAUAGCUAUAAAGCUGAUUAUGUCAGAUAAAGCCCUACGCCAUCUCGAAGCAGCAUUAAACGAUGCCGGCAGCAACUUGAUAAAACGUUCGGAAAUACUUGAAGAAUUGGGACAAUUCUGGAACUUCAGAGGCAACUUUACAAAAGCAGCUAGUCUCUUUGAACAGUCACUAAGGAUACGCAAACAGGUCUAUGGAGACAACACGGCACAUCAUGACAUUGCGGAGUCACUGUACAUGGGGUUAUCUUGGAGUAAUCUUGGCGAUCAGAAGAAAGCCAUCAACUACAAAGAACAGGCACUUGUAAUGACGAAAGCCGUCUAUGGAGAGAGCACGGCACAUCCUUGCACUGCCAGGACACUGAAAGUCUUGGGAUCAGCCUGGAGAAAACUCGGAGAUCAAAAGAAAGCAAUCAGUUACUACGAGCAGUCACUAGAGAUGGAAAAAACUAUCUAUGGAGACAACACGAUAUGUGAGGACAUUGCCCGCACACUUCUCCACCUUGGUAUAUCCUGGAGUGAACUCGGUGUUCCGAAGAAAGCAAUCAGCUACGGUGAACAGGCACUAACGAUGUACGUAGCUAUCUAUGGAGACAACACGGUACAUCCGGACAUGGCCGCGUCACUUAACAACGUAGGGUCAUAUUGGCGUAGCCUUGGCGACCUGAAGAAAGCAAUCAGCUACUUCGAACAAUCACGAACGAUGAUGGCAAUGAUCCAUGGAGAUAGUACUGCACAUCCGCUCACUAUGUUGAUACUAGAUAACCUGGGGUCAUCUUGGAGUGAACUGGGAGAUAGGAAGGAAGCAAUUGGCCACUACGAGCAGGCAUUAGCGAUGAUGAAAACCGUCUUUGGAGACGACACCGCACAUCGAUACAUUACAACAACACUUACCGGCCUAGGGUUUUCUUGGAGUGAACUUGGCGAUGAGGAGAAAGCAAUCAGCUAUUAUGAGCAGUCACUAACGAUGAUGAAAACAAUGUAUGGAGACAAUACGGUACAUUCCGAUAUUGCUAAGGUACUAAACGACCUAUGAUUAUCCUGGUUUAAAUUUGGCAAUCACAUGA